AUGGUGCACCUGACUGAUGCUGAGAAGGGUCUUGUCACUGGCCUGUGGGCAAAGGUGAACGCUGAUGCAGUCGGCGCCGAGGCCCUGGGCAGGAUGAUGGUUGUCUACCCUUGGACCCAGAGGUUCUUUGGACACUUUGGAGACCUAUCCUCUGCCAGUGCUAUCAUGAAUAACGCCCAGGUGAAGGCCCAUGGCAAGAAGGUGAUCCAUGCCUUCGCAGAUGGCCUGAAACACCUGGACAACCUGAAGGGCACCUUUUCCAGCCUGAGUGAGCUCCACUGUGACAAGCUGCAUGUGGAUCCUGAGAACUUCAGGCUCCUGGGCAAUGUGAUCGUGGUUGUGCUGUCCCAUGACCUGGGCAAGGAAUUCACCCCCGCUGCACAGGCUGCCUUUCAGAAGGUGGUGUCUGGUGUGGCCACUGCCCUGGGUCACAAGUACCACUAAAGCCCCCUUUCCUGCCCUUUGUCUGUGCUCAAAGGUUACUUGUUCCCUAGAGAACCACUGU